CCACGUUCUCUGCUUUUUCUAUCACCUCUGUGGAUUUUGCCCUGUGCUCAGGACUUGCAUGCUUUGUACCUAGCUUUCCUUCAGAUAUACAUUUGUUGUGUGGCCCGUUCUUCCAUCAUCUUCGCUGACCUUCUCCGACACACCCUGAUCAAAGCUGGUUCCAGAUUCUGGCCGCUGACUCGUAACUCUCUGAGCUACAUUCAUAGCUCAAAAAAUGCCCGCAGAAAAGCGCUCUCUGAGGUCCAACAGGUCGGACGCCUCUGCAAACGGCGAGAAGGCUCGAUCGAACUCUCAAAACUCCGGCUCCAGCAAAGAUAAACCCGCUGCUGCGGCCCGUUCAACGGCCACCCGAAGUAAGGCGUCCCAGAAGGCAGGCUCGGAGAACAGAACAACGAUGCCCGUCGACAAAUCGCAAGCGAACGGCACCGAUCCUGUUGAGAACGGUGUUCACGGGUCUGAAGAUGUGGAGAUGGGAGGAGACGGCGCGAAUGGCUCAAAGCAAGAUCAUGACGGCGACGAGGAGAUGACCGUGGUUGUACCCCCUUCAAAAAGUUCCAAACAUUCCGCAGACGUUGCAAUGGGUGGAACAGAGAGCGACGAGAUGCAGGCUUCGGAAGGGAUUGAUCUCAAGGCCAAGGCAUUGACAGAUAUCAAGAACAAUUUUAUCCUGCUAGAGCGAGCCGUUAUGCACUUUGACCCACGAUUUACCUUGCGAGUGCUUCGAACGAUCUCAUCAAUGCGGAAACAGCUGUCUGCCGAGUUGCUCGCUCAAGUGGUUGUGGAGACAUAUCAACGUUCUGAUUCAAGAGCAUCAUUUUUAUUAAAAGCCCUGGGCAAAGAGGCUGCAUUCGAUGCUGUACCCAACGAUACCUCGAUGGACGUUGAUAAUGGGUCAAAGAGUCCCAAGUCUGGCAUCCCGAAGGAGAUCAUACCGGAAAUAGACAUCUAUCUCUCGAUUCUUAUUCAAAUAUAUCUCUACGACACUGAAGAAGUGCAACACGGCGCAGAGUUUUCGAAUGCCCUCGUGGAAAAGCUUCGGACAUUAAACCGCCGGACUUUGGACGCUUUGGCGGCUCGCGUAUACUUCUACUAUUCCCUAUUCUACGAGCAGAUUGCUCCGCUUCCUCCGUCGCCAACUGCUGCAGUCAUUUCGAUUCGCCAGCCGCUUCUCUCAGCAUUACGGACUGCAGUUCUCCGGAAAGACGAGGAUAUUCAAGCCACCGUUACAAACCUUCUUCUUCGAAAUUACCUCUUGACCUCUCAUAUCUCCCAGGCGGAUCUGUUCAUCUCUCACUCUGAAUUUCCCCAGGAUGCCUCGAACAAUCAGAUCGCGCGCUAUCUUUACUAUCUUGGCCGUAUCCGAGCCAUCCAGCUACGGUACACCGAAGCUCACCAGCAUUUGACGACCGCCACUAGAAAAUCGCCUUCAACCCACAGUGCUGCUGGAUUCUACCAAGCUUCGAAUAAACUUCUUGUUGUUGUGGAGCUGCUUAUGGGCGACAUUCCUGAUCGUGCGAUCUUCCGCCAGCCCGCUCUCGAACGUGCCAUGUACCCUUAUCUCCUACUCGUGCAGGCCGUUCACGUGGGUGAUCUGGAUGCUUUCCUCAAGGUCGUGCAGAACCACGGCGCUACUUUCCGGAAAGAUGGCACAUAUACUUUGAUCCUUCGGCUCCGUCAGAACGUGAUCAAGACGGGUAUCCGUAUGAUGUCGUUGUCUUACUCGCGGAUCUCUCUUCGAGACAUCUGUCUUCGUUUAGGGCUCGACAGCGAGGAGUCUGCAGAGUACAUCGUAGCCAAAGCCAUUCGUGAUGGCGUCAUCGAGGCCACUAUAGACCAUGAACACGGUUAUAUGAAGAGUAAAGAGGUUGGCGAUGUAUAUGCUACCCAGGAGCCGGGUGAAGUGUUCCAUGAGCGUAUCCAGGCCUGUUUAAAUCUUCACGAUGAGAGUGUCAAGGCCAUGAGGUUCCCAAUGAACCAGCAUCGCCUGGAGUUGAAGAAUGCCCAGGAGGCUCGUGAACGGGAACGUGAGCUGGCCAAGGAGAUCGCGGAGGGAGACAUGGAUGACGAUGACGCAGGUGGGGAUUUUGAUGGCAUCUAGUUGAAGUGUGUGUGAGUGAAGAGGACUCUAUCCUAUUCCUCUCGCUACUCCAACUCGGCGUUAUUCCGGAUCGCAUUUCCCUGUCGUGUGUUUUUUGUAUCCUGCCUCCAUGCCCUUCCUUUCUGCGCCGUGUCUUAUCUCUUUUGGCACUACAUCUACAACCGGUAUGGAUUCGUAACCAUCGGCAGCCUGUCUUACAUUCUGGUGGUUUUUCAUUUUACGGGAGAGUCAAGAGGGCUUGGGUGUAUGUACAGUCGCUUUGAUUAAGUCGGUUCUUGUCGUCCAUCACAUAGGCUUUCGUUGUAAUCUCUCCCUCUUCUCUCGCAGCCAUAUUUUCAGUCACAAGUUAGACAGAUAGCUCUCACUGAUGUCAUAAUCGAAUUGUAGCUUUCUUU